CUUGCCAAGAGCAGCUGCCCAGACCUUCUCUGCUGUGCGGAAGACGAGAGCCUUGCGGCCCUGGAAUAUUUGUGGUUCGUCAGGUCAACUCUCCAAGUGUGGUGAGACACUGGUGCAAAGGUGAUAAGAGGGCACGAGCUGGCAUCCAGCCAGAGGAGAGGGCAGAGUCCUGCUGCUCCUGGCAGAUACAGCUUCUCUGUCACUCAGACUCAGGCCGCUGAAAGUGAACAGAAACAAAGGUGGUGUGGUGCUCCACCAACCCGGGGCACAAAUAUUGCGAACAGUUGGGACUCCAAGCAGCGUAUAUCAUCCAAGCCAGCUGAAAACUAAUUUCACAAAAAUACAAAACCAAUAAGAAGAGGCUAUGCUGUCCUCAGAAGAUCUCAAUGAUCCAGAGCCGGGUGUUUGCCACUCUUCAGUCCCAGAUCCAAGCAACAGCGUCAGCAUCCCAGAAAUAAUCCGGAAGAAACGGGAUGGCGAGAAGCUGCAGGAGGCGGAAAUCCGCAGUUUUGUCCAGGCUGUGGCGCGGGGCACCCUGAAGGAUGGGCAGAUCGGGGCAAUGUUGAUGGCCAUUCGCCUGCAAGGCAUGGACUCCGAGGAGACCUUGGCGCUGACUCGGGAGAUGACUGCAUCAGGGAGGGUCUUGGAGUGGCCCGAGAAGUGGCGAGGGCUCCUCGUGGACAAGCACUCCACUGGAGGAGUGGGUGACAAAGUCAGCCUGCCUCUGGCCCCAGCCUUGGCUGCCUGUGGCUGUAAGGUGCCCAUGAUCAGUGGCCGUGGCCUGGGCCACACUGGAGGCACGCUGGACAAGCUGGAGUCCGUGCCCGGCUUCAAGGUCUCCCAGAGUCCCGAGCAGAUGAAACAGAUCUUGGAAUCGGUCGGCUGCUGCAUCGUGGAGCAGAGCAAAGAGCUGGUGCCAGCAGACAAGAUCCUCUACGCGCUGAGAGAUGUCACGGCCACGGUGGACAGCUUGCCUCUCAUCGCAGGCUCCAUCCUGAGCAAGAAGGCUGCAGAGAACAUCUCCGCCCUGGUGCUGGAUGUGAAGUUUGGCAGUGCGGCCUUCUACCCCACCCUGGAGAGCGCCCAGCAGUUGGCACAAAGCCUGGUGUCAGUGGGGACGCAGCUGGGGGUGAGCUCAGCGGCGGUGCUCAGCAGGAUGGACGAGCCAGUGGGGUGUCGCGUGGGUCACUCUUUGGAGGUGCUGGAGUCCCUGGAGUGCCUGGAAGGACGAGGGCCUGGAGAUCUCCGUGAGCUGGUUACCACUCUCGGCGGCACCUUGCUGUGGCAGUGUGGGAAAGCGGACGCAGUGCCUGAGGGAGCUGCCCGCAUUGCCCAAGCCCUGGACGACGGCUCAGCGCUGCGGACCUUCCAGGCUAUGCUGCAGGCCCAAGGAGUAGAUGCAGCCGUGGCACAGACCCUGUGCACGGGCUCGGAAGAGGAACGCUUCCAGGUGCUAGGGCGGGCCCCGGUCCAGGAGGACUUGGUGGCCCCAAAGGAUGGGACCGUUCAGCAGAUCUUAGCCCUGCCGAUCGCUCAGGUGCUCCAUCGUCUGGGAGCUGGACGCAACCAUGUGGGACAACCCAUCAAUCACCAUGUGGGUGCUGAGCUGCUGGUCUCUGUGGGAGGGCAUGUGAGGAAAGGGACUCCUUGGCUCCGGAUACAUUACGAAACCCCGGAACUGAGCGAUGAUGACCGACGCAACCUGCAAGCAGCAUUGCUUCUGGAAGACCCCUUUGAGACCCGCUUAAAGGUGGCAAAGACCAUUCUUCCACAAACGCAUCUAUGAGAGACUUCAUCGAUGGGAACAGGGGGGAGACCUGGCCAAAAGCAGGGGUGGGGGGGGCAGCAACCCCCCCUCCAGCGGAUUCUAAGCUGGUGCUCCCUGUAGCUGCUUUCCUUGACAACCUGGCAAGCCCUUGAACAGGCGGGAGAGAAGGUUUUACCAAAUCCCUCAAAGUGGAAAUACAUGUUGCAUUCUCAAGAGCAGGAUUUUAUGUGUCGUCCUCAAUUCACAUGCAGGCUGUUCUCGUUCACUGCACAUGAAUGCUGCUUUCACAGGAGCUCCCUUUGUGCGACUGCAUCCGCAAGUGAUUCCAGAGGGCAGAGCGCCACUUCCGCUCUGUUUCCUCUGCAAGUGCUGUAGGUUCCUCUGACUUACCAUUUCGCAUUUCUUUAAGGUGUGCGAAAGUGUCAAGAUCUGCAUUUCAAUGAGCGGAUGUGGGGGAAACCGGAAUACUUUUAGCAGCUGAGGAAUUGAUAUCAAACACAUGAAUGUAUUCACGCAAAGCAAAUGGAAGUGUGACUGUGCGAGCGAGUGCAUGAAAAGUGGGAGGGGAGACACGUGGCAUGAGGUUCACUUGAGGGUUCCUAGGCACUUAAUAAUGUGUGUUUUUCUCUCAGGGUGGAUGAGCGAUUUCUCUCAUCUUGACUUUUGCACAUUGAAUUUGCUGCGCAGAGAGAAAAAGAGGUUUGGUGUCUCUCUUGAUUAGCCUCUUUUAAUGUUAAUAUUUUUAAGCAGUAAGUGAAACAUUUUAAACAAACAACAUACACAUAAAGUACAAGCAAAAAUUAUCAGAAUAAUGAAAUUACAUAUUUCCCUCUCCACCCCAUACGAACUGAAGAUACUUUACAUUUGAUAUUUUAUACUCAGCAUUAUAUAUAUCUUUAUAUAGGUUAUCAUUUUAUCCCUUUACAUGUAUUUCCAAAUAUCUAACUGGUUUUCUGGUAAUAACACAAUCUGUUAUUUUUCAUAUCUCUUCUUGUUACUCUCUGGUAGUCAAUAAUACAAAUAUUUUGGUCUUCUUUUUAUUCAAUUUAUUUCUAGAAUAUUGUCCAAAUCUUGAUAUUUGCUCCAUUACAUAUUUCAGGGAAACAUUUCGUCACCUGCAUAGCUUUUCAUUUUGUAUUCUUCUUCACCCUCUUUCAUUCCAACAAUUCUUUUAUCUUCCUGAUUUUCACAGCCAAUAUUUCCAAAACAAUAAUAAAUAACAGUGGAGAUAUUGGGCAUCCCUGUCAGGUUUCUUUGGCUAUCUUUAUUUUCUCGAUCAACAAGCCAUUUACCAAAAUUUUAGCUUGCUGGCGGAUAUAAAUACUUUGCAUCCAAUUUAAAAAUUCAGUUCCACAUCAUGUUUUGUAAUUCUUUUGUCAAAAAUUUCUCCAAGACAUGUUAUCAAAAGAUUUCUCUGCAUCCAAAAACAUAAAUGCUGUUUUUUUUCCCUUUC